AUGUCGCAGGCAUCAUCCUCAGCCGCUCUGACUCGACGGUCAAGUGCAGCUAGGUUUGGCCGGCAACCAAAAGCCCUUGCUAUUGCUGCUGCAGUGCCAACGCCCACUGCUAUCGAUGUGCGGGCGCCCCUUGACGAUGUGACUGGGUUGCCAUUGAUCAUGUGCCCUGAUUGCAAGGAUGUGAGGUUGUUUGCUGCUACUACCAUGAAGUCUCAGUAUAACGUUGGAAGGAGGUUUUUCAAGUGCCCCCAGAAGAACUAUAGCAAUGGGACAUGUUCUAGGUAUUGGUUCGAGGAAGAAUAUGUGGUGUACCUUGAAGAUCAUGGUUAUCUACUUCCACCUUCCUCAACCAUUGCAGCAGCUUCGACCAAUGAAGUUCCUGAGCUGGUGGGAAAAAUUGAUAGCUUGGAGCAAAAUCUGAACGAGGUGAAGGAAAUGGUUGGCAAGAACAGGGAAGACAUGGGAAGCUGCAUUUGUCUUGUGUGUGGAUGCUUGAAUGUAACAAUAUUCCUGGUGUUGGCCAUCUUGUUGGUUGUAGCUUUAGUGUUGAAGUAG